AUGGACGACGACGGCGAUGACAAAGAUGACACCAAAAGGAGGACAAGAAACCUGAGUGAAAAGAAGAGGCGAGACCAGUUCAACAUGCUUGUUAAUGAACUUGGCUCAAUGGUUUCUACUAACAAUAGAAAGAUGGACAAAUCUACUAUUCUUAAAUCAACAAUUUCUUUUUUAAAGAAUCACAAUGAAAUAACUGUCCGUUCGAGAGCUCACGAUGUGCAAGAAGACUGGAAACCUGUAUUUUUGUCCAAUGAAGAAUUUACUUAUUUAGUUCUGGAAGCAUUGGAAGGAUUUGUUAUGGUGUUUUCAGCUACUGGUCAAAUUUACUAUGUUUCAGAAAGUAUAAUGUCUUUAUUAGGACACAAUCCAAGUAACAUAGUAAACAAAAGUAUAUUUGAUUUAGUAUUUGAGGAUGAUCGUCCUAACUUGUACGGCUUACUACAGAAUCCUGUUCCCGUAAUACAUCCUUCUCAAACAGUAACAUCAGAGAAUGAAAUAAGAUUUCAGUGCCAUUUACAAAGAGGUACAUUGGACUUUCGAGAUGAGACUACGUAUGAACUCGUCCAGUUCAACGGACACUUCCGUACAUAUAUGGAACAAAACGAAGGUCCUAACGUUCUGUAUCAACAAAAUCAGGACUCGAGGUUACUGUUCGUCUGUACUGGAAAACUUUGCACACCGCAAUUGCUUCGCGACGUGUCUCUCGUGGACUCAAAUCGAAGCGAGUUCACAUCUCGUCAUAGUUUGGAAUGGAAAUUCCUUUUUCUGGAUCAUCGUGCACCGCCUAUCAUUGGCUACUUGCCGUUCGAAGUGCUCGGCACUUCAGGAUACGACUACUACCAUUUUGACGAUUUGGAGAAAGUCGUGACGUGCCAUGAAGCUCUAAUGCAAAAAGGCGAGCUGACGUCAUGCUACUAUAGGUUUUUAACCAAAGGCCAGCAAUGGAUCUGGUUACAGACCCGCUUCUAUAUAACUUACCAUCAAUGGAACUCCAAGCCAGAGUUUGUGGUUUGCACACAUCGCGUCCUAAGUUAUGCAGACAUAGACAAAAGCACAAAACAAGAAACCACGGAAGCUGACACGUUGGGAGAAUCGGCUCAUAACAGAAGUGAAUUGAAAGAGACAUCAUCAGAAGAUGCCAUGAUGGCUAUGUCACCAUCCUAUAUGUCUGAGGCCAGCGAUGCUUUUGGGAAUUCCUACCACUCCGUGUCACAGCCGGCGUCGGUGAAGUCAGCGGCGACGUCGGCGGGCAGCGCUUGCGCCACGGUCGCUACUAUUGGUACGGCGACCUCGGCGACCGCAUCGUGGCACACCCGCGCCUCGCAAGUACGCUAUGCCACCGGCUCCGACACCGCAUCCGUAUCCGGAGAUUCGAGGUCAUUCCAACGUCAUAAUUCACAGGAGACGCAGCGCUUGUCCGAGCCGGCGGUGGUGCCUCAGCAUGGCAUCGGAGCGCAGUAUCUCGAGCCGAUGCCGUACGUCACGGCUGUCGGGGUGCCCGGCGUUCUUUCCUUACAUCCGCUUCCGGUCAGCGUUAGCCCAGACCAAGCUCAGCUUCAGGAGCAGUUGCAGCGAACGCACCGCGAGUUACAGCAGAUGAUAGUGCGCCAGCAGGAGGAGCUGCGGCAGGUGAAGGAGCAGCUUUUGCUGGCGAGGCUCGGUAUUUUCCAACCGAUCCUUAACGUUCAAGACCCGUACGCACAUACCGAGGAGAUACAACAAAACCAGCGACUACCGGCACAGAUCCAGUACGAAGGGACAUCAGAGAGACCCGUGGCUGCGUAUCCUCCCCGCCCCUCUCCCUCCGCGGGUCACCCCUUGCACCAGAACCAGAACCAGAAUCAACACCAUCACAUGCCACCUCAGCAGUAAGUCAUGAACUUACGACGAUUUCCCUUAACCCGGAUCUCAUAUAAAAUACUUCCUACUUAGCACAAAUAUAAAAAUGAUAUGUAUUUUCAACGUUAUUUACCAUUUCCGCCGUAAUGGCCGUAAUAUUCUACUUUAAAAAUAGAAUAAUUCUUAUUGUUGUUGUGAUUGUUUCGAUAUAUGGUGUUGUAAAGAAAAUGUGUAACAUAUUUACUGUCACUCCUUAGUCCGUUGUCUAACUAUCGGUGUUUAUUGUAAUAUAUAUUUUUUUCCAUUUUUCUUAUAAUUAUAUUAAUUAUUAAUGUUAAA